GAUGAUUGAUAGGUGUGAAAUCGAUAAAAGGGAAACGGGCACACACAAUACUUAUCCAUCAUAGUGCAUUAACGCCUGACCCCGUUAUACGAUACCUCGGGAAUGCGCAAAUCCUUUACGUUCGUGACGGCCGAUUACUUGUGUUGUGCCUCUGUGUGGAAGGGAACGAACAGCCAAUUCACGGACAGGAGGGAAUAAGGAUACUGAGGGGGAGAACGAACGAAGCACACGGACGACACAGACGAUACUCCACAUUUCGCUACGAUUAUAGGACCUUGCCGGUUGGGAUAUAAGAAGGGUAUUUUCAUUGUUCGGGCCGCCUGGGGAAAUGCUGCGAGACGGAUUGGGUGUCGCUAAGAGUAGAUUCGGAUAACGCAUUUCGUGUGAAUUUGCGAUUGGAACUUUAUCGCGCGGACACUAUAGGAAGGGACUGGAAAGCAAGGACGAGAAAUUUACGAUCGCGGGUUGGCGGCUACGACUUUUCACGGCUCAGUGGGCGCGUAAUCUUUUAUCAUCUAACGAACUGUUGGUUGUUGCGGGCGACAUAGGGAGAGUCCAAAAAACGGAAGCACCUACACAGAAAUCCAGCGCGUCGCAUGUACAUAUAACGAAACCGCCGGUGGAUAGAAGCAAUCCGAAACCCGUCACAUAUCUCCGCGUGUUUCACUCGCCCUCUCACACUGAGCGAGCCAGCGUCACUCAAACUCGCGACAACUACGACAGCAACCGAGGGAAAACUUGUCUGCGCUGAUCAGCUGGACAUGACAGCCACUUUCACAACUACUGCAGCCACAAUCAGAACACGAAGCACGACAAAUCAUAUCAUAGAUUUUGGAGAUAGCAGGCCAAGCAGGUACGACCAGGGGACGACGCGUAGUCGCGCUCCGCUGACGACUAUCGAUCCGGUGAUGUCGCAGGCGCGCGGGCGGCUGCCAAAUGGGAAUGGAACGAAGAGGAGCGUGAAAGGAGGGCCUGAGAAGGGUGCGAAUGGAUGGGGCGGGAAGAGAAAGGCUGCUGAAUAUGACGAGGAUGUUGAAGGGUUCCAGUUCACUCGCGCAACUGCCACGAAGAAAUCGAAGCCCGCUGCAAUCGAUGAGAACUCAGUCCCACAACCGCUAAGGGAUGAUGAUACACAACAACAAGAACAAGUUGUCCGGAAGCAGAAGGGGAGAGGGAGACCUCCCAAAUCCACAGACGCAUCGCGCCAUGUAACAUUUGAGACUCCGAAUGGAAAGCUCCCCACUCGGCCACUUCGACGAACGUCUAAACGGCUGGCUGAAGAGGAACCAACCGCAAUAGUAACGGAGAAGUCAUCAAAAUCCAGGCAGAAAUCGCAUGAUGUCGAACCAGCAGCGAUCACAAUUACAAAAAAGCGGGGGUCAAGUAAGACCAAAGAUCCACAAAUGGCGCCUCCAACGGAGGAGACGGAAGGGCAAGGUACUACGCCAUUGGCAGAUACGAACACGCAGAAGAUUGCACUUCCCUUGGCGGAUACGCCUGUCAUUCGCAAAAAUAAGGAAAUGCGGAUGGAGAAGAGCCAAAAGGGCCAGAGGCGGAGUAGUCUUGGGAGAAGAGGGAGGAGGGCGAGUUUGUUGAUUGAAUCCGGGGUGUCGAAUGCGUUACCGCAUGACCAAGUCGAUACGGCGCACUUCUACAAACACAUCGAGUGUGAGGGGUUGUCGGAGCCGAAGAGAAUGCGACAGUUACUAACGUGGUGCGCGACUCGGGCGUUGGGGGAAAAGCCGACCGGGUCCAGGUCCGGGGAUGAAAGCGCGAGAUUAGCUGCGCGGGUAAUACAAGAGGAACUGCUCGAAGAUUUUGCGAAUCGUCCAGAGCUUUCGGACUGGUUUAGCCGGCAAGAAUCGGAACCCGCGGCUGUUGUGGUAAAGAAACCGAACCCGAGAAAUAUACAGAACGCGGGGAGGAUUAAAGAAUUGGAGGCACAGAUACACAAACUUCAACUAGAACGACAAUCACUCACAUCCCUACUCCGUCCCCCGUCCAUUCCAAGAAUAAGACCUCCAUCUUCGACAUCCGCACAAUCCUCCGAUACCCAACAACCAUCCACAUCCACUCCACAACUAAAUGCGAUAAACCCCGACCUCCUCGACCCUUCACAACUAGCUAUCCUGACUUCUCUAAACCCAUCAAACAUUACUUCCACCUCUACCGAUAAAUCUACACCAACCCAACAAGCAGACCCAUCCUAUACUUCCAUAUCUAACAUAACGUCCCGCCUCUCCCGCCUAACAACUUCUUUAAUACCAACACUCGACUCCUUCGCCUCAGGAAUCCACGACGUAGAACUCUUCCGCCGCGCAGCGGAUGACGUGGCGGGGCAGGUUCUUGCGAUCUGUGCGCGUCGAUUGGAAGAGCGCGAUCGGUUACGGCCAAGAGGAGUUGGCGGGGAGGAGCUGGGAGUUAGCAGUAAUGGUCGUACGAUGAGAACGAGAAGGAGAAAGGGGAAGCAGAAAGUUGGAGAGUCGGGGGCGUACGAGGAGGAGGGAGAGGGCGAAGAGGGAGGUGCAGAUUCAGAUGGUGAUGGAGCGGAUGAUUUCAGAAUAGAGAAGGAAGACUUGGCGAUUGUGUUGGGUGCGUUGAGCCGGUUGGAGAGCAGAUAGUUAGAGUGUUGCCCUUUUUCUUUUCUUUUUUUUACUUCUUUUUCUGUUUUCCCCCGCGGGUUGAUGAUGAUAGCAUAGCGUCCUUGGAACAUGUAAAUUGGCCCAGCUAGACGAGCCCUAUACCUUGCUGUUAACUUCAUUUAUUUUUAGGGUUUUCAAAAAAUCCCGUUAGUUCAUGGCAUUCAAACACGUACGUGCCACUACACUUCUGUUGCAAUUUCUAUACAUUUUGAUAAAGUUCUGAUUGUGAAUUAUUAUCUAUUUGUCUGUUCUGUUGAAUCGGGUUAUACAUACUUAUUUGCUAACCCAGAAAUUUAAGACUACUAAUUGAAGAAGAUGUACAGUACUCCGUAAUGACUAUAGU